CAAAUACCUGUUAAUUUAGUGAAAACUGGGCAAUAAUGGACUUGAAUUUAGAUUCUGGACAACAGAAAACAAUCCCAGAAAGUAGUCUAAUUGAAAAAGAAGAAACGAGUGACAAAAGAGAGCCAUCACCACUGUCUGAGCAUCAUCGGGAAGUGAGUCGAAGUUUAUAUUUAUCCUCAAAUGUCAAAACAGUUAAUCCCGUGGAGGUUAUAGCUGAUGGUCCAAUAAAAUCAAAUUCUCUUCCAAAACGUAAGAAAAAGUCACGUCCAUCCUUUAAAUCGGUGAUAAAUCUUAUGAGUCGUUUUAAAAAUUCAUCAAGUGUUGAGAAAAGCAGUGUAGAGAGUGGAGGUCCAAAAGGGGGAUGGACCCCUUCAAUGCCACGAAAAGGUGGUCAGUCGAAUGGCAAGCAGACCAGUGAUUCAUCCUUACGUCCACUGAUGACACGGACCUGCAACAGUGUGUGGGACAUUGUGCCUGGAACUGUUGGCAUUCCAAAUCUUGGAAAUACAUGCUUUAUGAAUGCAGUGAUACAAUGUCUGAGCAACACAGAUUGGUUUUCCAAGUACUUUAUUACAAAACAAUACAAAGAUGACAUGAAAACUAAAUCAUUUUCCAAAAAAUUCAGUAUUCAGAAGAGUGAUGUACCAGAACAGCUAGGAAAAUUACUAGAAAGUCUGUGGAGUAAUGGUAUAAAUGUUGUAGCAGAAGUUUCAAGUGGAUUUAAAAGUGCAGUGGGGAAGAACAACAGUCAGUACAAGGGAUCAGAACAGCAUGAUGCUCAGGAGUUCUUUUUAUGGCUUCUUGACCGCCUUAAUGAGGACAUAUUCACAAGUUACAAGAAAAAGGAAAAGACAAAAAGGCUAAGUACCUCAGAAAUAUCUGAUGAAACAGCAGCUAAGGAGGUGUUACAACAAAACAGUGGGUGUGUCCUGUACAACAUGUUCCAGGCCCUGUAUCGCUCUUCACUACAGUGUCCAAAGUGUCAGAAGCUAAGCAAUACUUUCGAGUCCUACCUGUGUCUCUCUCUGCCAUUGCCUGCUCGGACAACAAGGCCAGUAUUUGUGAUCUAUGUCUCAAGAGAUGUGGAACCCAUGCAGAUUAAGUUUGGAUUGAUGUUAAAUGUCCAUGACACGGUUCGAGAAUUAAGAGAGGCAACAGCUGUAUUCAUGAAUAUUUCUCCAUCCAGGAUUGUGUUAUGUCAGAUAUUUGAGGAUGGGAUCAGCACCCGUUAUUGUGAUGACCUGCCUCUGACAGACAUAUCAGAAGUAGAUCCUAUUUAUGCCAUUGAAACACUACCUUCUCCCAGCCAGGAUGGCAAUGCAGAGGAAUUUGAGUCUUCCUACACCCAACUGAUUGUUGUUAAUACAGAGAGGAGAUCCUCACCCACACGAUACCUAAAGUUUUGUGCUCCGGUCAUUUUGUGUGUUCCAAGAGACAUAAACUACAGAAAUCUGCAAAGAAAAAUUCUAACUGUGAUGGGAGAAUGUGUAAAAGAAGGCCUCUUAACACAGAAGUUGGAUACACUGUUUCGUCUUCGUCUUUUGGAUGAGUUUUCGGGGAAGCGAUAUUAUUUACAAGAUGACCAGGAAAUCAUGCCUCUCUAUACGCAGGCUGUGGAUAGUGCUUUGAAUUAUGGAGCUGAAUAUGGUCCUCAACAUAUAGAACUAGUAGCAGAAUGGGAGCCGUCUGUCAAAGAAAGAGUAAUAAUCAAAGACAACAAUGUGAUUCAUGAUGAUAUCAGUGUGAAGAAAGUUCGGAUGACCCAUCAGCAGCCAUUAAAGGUUUCCCUCGAGGAUUGUCUCCAGUUGUUCACUAGAGAUGAAAAGCUCAGUGGAGAGGAUGCGUGGGAGUGUUCACAUUGUCACAGACAGCAGAAAGGGGCCACAAAAACCAUCGGUCUGUGGUCACUCCCUGAUGUAAUGGUCAUUCAUCUGAAACGCUUCAGACAGGUUGGGCUACGCAGAAGUAAGCUGAGUACACUGGUGGAUUUUCCCUUGAGAGAGCUGGACAUGUCGCCACACGUAGUGAGACGACCACACUGUGCGGGAGGUGGAACACAAAUGGUUUAUGAGCUUAAUGGUGUACUGAAUCACUAUGGCACCAUGCAAGGUGGUCAUUACACGGCCUUUUGCAAAAACCCAAUUGAUGACAGAUGGUAUGAAUUUGAUGACUCCAAAGUCAAGCCUAUGGCUGAGGCGGAAGUGAAGACCUCAUCUGCAUACUUGUUGUUUUACCAAAGGAGGGGUGUGAUGGACACUGUGCGAGAGGACCUGGAAUCUGGGUUUCACUGGAUCUACAAACUGUAUCCCAAUGCAUACAAAAGUGUUAACAAAAAUCAUAACAAAAACUCAAAUAAUUCACAGUCACAGUACACGCAGCCAGAAAAUAUCAUGGACGAAACUAUUCCACAACAUUUAAAUUCUCCUGAGCAUUCCCCACUUGUGUCAGUUUACAACUCGCCAAAACGUGUUCGCAAUACUCCAACUAAAAUGCAAGAUAGCCCUCUCCGUAAAUCUGACUCGGAACCCAGUGUAUAUAGAGCUGAUGUCAUGCAUGCCAAGACAAACUCUGACGUUGUUGUCACAGAAACUGUGCCUGACAAAGCAUGGAGACAUGUUGACAUGGACACUGAUGAUCUGGUGAGACCAAGUCAGCUGAAAAAUCCACAGAAAAACCCAGGUCAUAUGAUGAGGGAAGUUACUGCGACAACAAUGAUUGACAAAAAUAACAGAAAGCUAUAUGAUCAUACCAAAUAUACCGAGAAAAGUCGAGAACAUCAUUCUCCAGUGAAACUGUCCAUGCAACCAAAGAAUGAGAACAAUGACAAAAAAUAUUCCUCUGGAAGUGGGCUUAGUGUCAAGUUGCCGGAAAAAGAUGUAUUUGUCGUCAGGCAGAAUCACAAAACAGGUCAGACAACAGUGGAAUCUCUAAGUAAACAUAUUGAAAAUCGCUCUCAACUGGAAACUAACGCAAAACAAAAUAGCAGCUCUGGUUCUCAAAGCAAUGGGAGCUACCCAAAUAAGGUAGAUCCUCAGGACAAAAGAGUCUCUUCUCUCCACACAAGGAAUAUCAACGAUCAUAGAGACGAAUUUGAUGCACUGAUCAAACCAAAGUCCUACUCACCUUCAUAUCCACCAAGAUUAAUGUUGACACAAGAUAGUAUGUCGAGACCUCAUGACAAUACCUGGUCCACUCAAGAUCAAUCACAAUCACCGAUCGAUUUCAACAGGCAACUAUCACAUGCUACUAAAGGUGGAUAUAGUGAAAAAGAAGCAACUAAGAACCCAGCUGUCAAACGGAGCAAAAGCCAAACAAGAGCAAGAGAGCAGGAACAAAACACAAUCAAUGAACGCAUGAACCAAGCCCAUGAUCAGAGAAAUGGCAUUAGCAUCAACAACAAGUUUGCUACCAUAGCACGGGUAAAUCAGAGAUUUCAAGGGGGAGAACAUCGAGAUUCAGCAGUUGUGCGGUCAUCUACGGAAGGAAAUCUCGGCAACAAUUUCAUGAUUCCUGGUCACAAACUCAAAGACAGACAGGAUUACAUGGAUUCACCAAUAAGGGGGGAAAUUCUUGAUGUGAGGGAUGCCCUUCAGAGUUCUCCACAUCUCCACCAGGUUGGUUCCCGGAAACCAGUUUACAAUGGCAUCCUUAACGCGGAUUCCCACCCCUAUACAGAAGGAUUUCCUCGCUAUCAGCCGCACAAACAUUACAGGAAAACUCCCAACAAAGAAGAACUGGACCACCAUAAUAAGGAGAAGCUGUAUUCUCCUUGCCUGAAAGAGUCCUCUGUGUAAAUGAUGUUAAUUCUGAAGUCAUAGAAUUAUUAUUCUAUUGUCUAAAUGUUAUUUUUGCUAUUCAUGAUGAAUUUUUAUUUGUUAAGUUGGAAUUGAUGUUUGAAAAUACUGACAGUAUCCAUGAGAACUCCUGGACCUGAUGCCCAAGGCUAUGAAAUUUGGGAUGGGGCUAAAACUAUUUGGUCUUGAUGUAGCUUGGCAGGCUGGUAAAAUGACUGGUUAUAACAUUUGUUGGGCUUGUCAUUUAAUUCAAAUAGGCCAUUUCACCAAUGAUUCCAAAAUAUUUUCAUGAUGACUGUUUUGUGCAAUAUUUGCAGAAUGAAACAAGUUUUGUUUAUUAGCUGGUACUUAUGUAAGCUCCUUUUUCUAACUCGAAUUGUCUAUUACCAUUGUGAAGUUGUUGAAAAUUUUAUUUUCUGGUGUCCCCCCCCCCCUGUACUUGUCUUAUACAGUAAAAAAAAAUCAAAGAUCUUUCCAUGCAGUGGUAUAAAUGACGAGUCUGGAAUCACAGUGUCUUGAUAAGGGUUUCAGAAAUAAUUUUCAUUAUUCUGUUACUGACUUUAUGCUGGUAUUUUAUAGAAAUGUUAAAAAUUAUACAGAAAGAUUUAUACCAAUAUUUUAUUAGUAAAAGAAAAGAAAGCCAUUCUAAAGUUUGGAUUUAUUAAACAAAAGUUCGAUUUUUCUAUAUUCUUGACAAAAAUCUACUUUUCUGUAUGAAGCUUCUGUGAAGAUUUCUACUUAAAUGUAGGGCUUGUGUAAUUGCCUUUGUUUCUAAUUUGUAUGGUUAUUCAUUGUUAAUAGAACUUAUUGUGGCUGAUGCUAUUGGAGUCCACGAUAUGUUUUAUGUGUGAUUAUCAACACGAUACAACGAGGAAAAGAAUCUAAUAUAUUCAGUGCAUGUUGUGUCCAGAUUAACUGCUGCACUCAUUUAUCAGUAUGCUUUUUAUUACCUUGACUUCCUUCAUAUCAAGCAUACAAACUCAUCGAGGGAGAAAGAUUACAAUGUAAAACGAAUUUGGAACACUGAUGUAAACCAAAGAGGUUGUUGCAGAUAUGUCUUGUUAUCAUUAACUGAUUAAAUGUACUGUAAUUAGACAUAUAAGUCUUCACACUUUAAAACUCUUGUGUAUCGGUAUGUACGUUAGGUGUCUGACAUCUUGUCAAGGAACACAGAUGUGGUUAUCUUGUAAACACUUUCUGCUUUACAGAUACAUGAUGAAAAAAUUUAAUUGUCUGCAAGUGAUUAAGAAGUUCAUUCCACACCACAGGCUAUUUCAACAAAUUGUAAUGAAUUUUUAUUUGAAAUUAAUUAAUUCUAUCAAAAUUACAAUUUAAUCAACCAGUUUCAGUUUGAUGUUAAGUGUUAUUUUUUUUUUUUUUUUGCACUUUAAUUUUAAUAUUUUGUUAGUUGUAUGCCCUUGACAAAAAAUUGAAGACAGAUAUUUUUGUGUGGUGACUUUCAUAUUUCUUUGUUAAAUUUAUAUUGGCUUCAUGCAUCUUUUAUCAAAUAAUUUCUCUACGAUUCAAUUUAGUUUCUGAGAUAUUUGCUGAAAGAUGCUUUUUCCAUAGACUCCAAUCUUCAACUGAUUGAAUAUUAAUUAAGUUUUAUCAAUAAUUUUGAAAAAACCUCUUGCUUUGUUACAACCAUCAAAUUGAUACCAAGGAUGUAGUGAUGUGCAUCAGCAUUGAUAAAAUAAUAAAAUGUGGUUGUCAACCGAAGUUCUGCCAUGCCACAUUUUACACAAAUAGUGACAGUUGUAUUGUGAAUAGAUCUAGAUUUAUAAUGUAUUAGCAGUUAUUGUGGGAUGUGUAAACAAAAUUAUACCAUAGUAGAGAGAGAGACAGUUCAUGGUGGAAAGUGCAAUAUUGAAGUGCUUCGAUGUGAUGGGAAAGUAGUUAAUUUAACCUAAUCGUAGAAUGAUUGAGAUGUUUAGAACUCACGUAUGUAAGGAGUCACUACACAACAUUCCAUGACAUUGGUUAAUGUACACUUUGUGAUAUUUCAUACAAUUUUCCGUUGUCAAUGUGUAUAUAUUUUGUUGUUGAUAAACUGUAAAUGGCAUUAACAUAUAGAUUGUGUACAGUAUACUUAUUUUCGAAUCACGUGUUAGGAUUUUAGUUGGUGCAUUGAAUAUUUAAAUUUCUUAUGUCAUUCCACAUUUUGAAAAUGGUUGUGUACUUAUUUUUUUUUGUUUUUUAUAAAUUUUCCUUGUGUAUAUUUUUUUUAUUUCAACAAAAUCCUGAAUCCAGGACUUUCAUUAGGAAACAUAUCUUCUGUGAUUUUCUAACCAGAAAAUUAUGUUGAGUUUACACAUGUACUGUAGAUAUUAAACAAUUUUGCUUUUCAGUUAAAAAAAGAUAUUUACAUAAAGGGUGAAUUUAUCAUGCAUUAGACACCUACACUGCAACAAGUGACUUGGAGAUUAAAACACAAUACAAAAUCAGGAAUAUCUAAAAACUUAAGAAACAAAUGUUUUGAUGAAUAUGAUGGACACAUGAUUUUAUGAUGGACACUUGAUUGCUUUGAUUUUACUGGAGCUGGGAAAUACAACAGAAAGGACAUUAAAUUUUUUUUUUUUUUAUAUAUAUAGAGAAAUGCUUUUACUGAGGAUUGGACACCAGUUUUACAUCUGACAAUAAAUGCUGAGAUAGAGAUUAUGUAAAGAUAUGUUUUUUCUGUGUUUAAAGAAUAUUACAGAACCCUUGGAAUACUCAUGAUUUUCUUAAGUAAAUGUGAGAGCAAAUGUAAGGAUAGUAAUGGACUGAAAUAUAUAUUGGGUGUGAUUGUGUACAUAAAUCAGGGUAUGUCUAAUACAUGAUGAAUACACCCUAGGAGCAAGCAAUAUACUGUAAAUAUGACUAUUUCAAUUUAAUACUGUAAAUAUGACUCAUUACACAGUGAAUUACAGCAAUUCCUUUAAAUUUGCGGGGACCAAUUUUCAUGGUUGCCAAGAUUUGACAAUUUCUUUGGAAUUUGAUUUGUGGAGAUAGAUUUUGUACAUUGAUUUUUGAAUUAUGUUGAGGGUAUAAAUUCCUGACACUUAAGGCCUCGUUCCCAGUGUUCUACACAGAGUGAGCAUUGUCUAAUCAAAUUGCGGAGAUCUAAAAUUUAUUAUAUAUAAGAGUGCACUUUAAUAUGAUUAGAACACACUCUUAUUCGAUGGAAGAGAGCUGUAAUUUACUUAGAGCAUUAAUUCGUAAUAUGAAUUAGAGCUCUUUAAUUAGAAUUUGAUAUACAUUUGAUUCAAUUGACUACUAGUAUAUCUCUGAUAACAUGAUUCCACCGUAAUGACAGUUGACAAUUUUUCUGAAUCUCAUUGUUGAAAAGAUUAGGAAGUUAGAGUUUUGAACACAAACACGCAAUGCAAUUCAUUCCACUUCAGUUUGAUCAAUAGUUUUGUUAGUACAUUAUGAAUCAUUUUAUGUCACAGAUUUUGUCAGUUAAAUUAUGAUCAGUAUUUUUAUGUUAUACUCAGGAUUGUUUUAAAUUCCAAUAUUAGAUAGAUCUUGCAUACAAUGUAUUUGGCAGAUAGAAACUUUACAAUGUCAAUUUAUCCCCCGACACCCCACACUAAAUUUUAAUAUUCAGAAUCAGAAGUUUUAUUUAAACAUAUUAUGGCAAGGAAUUGGAAAUUAUCAGAUUACCUUUUAAGAAAGUAGAAAUCAGAAAUCUUAUUUCAGGGGUAAAUAAUGAAAUGCAUGCAAUUUAUUUUCAUUUCAUGUUUACUAUUAAGUACUAAUUCAGAAUAUUGUUUGUGUAAAUAUUUACAAAAAGAAUUUGAAGGAUGAAGACAUGUGUGCAAUGUUACAUCUCCUGUUUACUGAAAUAACCUUGGACAACGAGUAGUGCCAUAUCUUAUACAUGUACUAUGAAAUGAUGAAAUGUCAUAGUACACAGGUAGCAGUCAUUGGGAAAGGAGUAAAGAUUUUAUUUUCAUUGUCUACCAGGAGUAAGGAUCAAACAGGAAUAUCAUAUGCUGUUAUAAAAUGUCCAUGUUAAAUUAAUGUUUUCAAAUUUAAGUUGUUAAACAUUCAGAAAAAAAACCUGAUAGUCUUUGCUUCCAUUGUGAUUUUACUGGAUGUAACAAAUUCAUGUUUAAAUCUAAAUUUUGAAUAUUUUCCUGAGAAACUGAAAUUAAAUUUUUUUUUUUUUCGGAAAAAAGGAAGAAUGUAUUGAAUACUAGUGUACUAUAUGCACUGCUAGGUUGUAUAGCUUAAGCAUUCCAUUGUUAAUUGUUUUGUUAGUUGAUUUUCUAUUGAUAUAUUCCAAGUUAAAUCAAAGUCAAUUUUUUCAUUCCGAUUUUUAGUACUGUAUAUGACAUAUAUACAUGUAUGCUGAGAAAUUAAAUGUAUAAAAUGCCA